AUGUCGGAAAUGGUGGAAUAUGACGACGAGAUAGUAUGUUUGGGAAGGGGAGGAGUAUUUAGACUUAAGGGAAUGACAAAAGAAGUAGCUUCAGAAGAAUUAAUUGUUAACAAUCCAAGUCCAUUUUUGGAGGGUGUUGAGAUUUAUGCACAGGAACCUCAAGGGAAAGGAUACUGCUUUGUUCCCAAAGAUUCUAAGAAUUCUGUAGUGUUAAUAGUAACAAGGGAAGGUGAACCUAAUAGGGAAAUUAAUAUAGAGAGUGAUUUUCCAGUUAGAAAAUUGCAAUAUUCCCCAUUAGGAAGUUAUUUAUUAGUACUAACAGUCUUUGAACAAGGAAAAAAUGAAAAUAAUCUACGAGUUUACAAACUUAAGGAAAGGGAAAAUGUAAGUUUACUAUUUUCCUUUCCUUUUAAAACUAACAGUGCAAAGGUAUUAAGUACUUGGCCUCCAUAUAGAUGGAGUAAUAAUGAGAUCUUUGUAUUUAAAGUCCAGGAUACCAGUGUCUCAAUAUUCAAAGGCGAUACUGAGAAUCUGGAAAAUCCUAUUGGAACUUUAAAUUUCUCAAAAAGUAUUCAGUUGUCAGUUUCCAACGAAAUUAAUCAAAAUCCUUCUAAAGAAGAGGGAGUUAAAAACAGUGCCUUGAACUUUACGGUACUAACUCCACAAUCAGCCCAAAACAUGGACGUGUUUGUAUACCACGCUGAGAUGGGUAAUGAAAAUGAAAUUAAUCUUAGUUCUAUAGGACAAAUUUGUGUAAAAGAAGCUCAGACAUGCCAGGUUUCCUGGAAUAGCUCAGGAGAUAGUGCUUUAGUGUUUGCUCAAAUUGAAGGUGAGACUUUGGGGAAAUCUUACUUUGGAUCUUCUAGUCUUCAUCUAAUUAGAAUACAAAAUUCUAAAACUGUAGUCGCAAAUAGCGCCUGGAAAGGAAACAAGGGAGGAAAUGCAGAGCUUGAUAAUGGAAAUGUUGGCUUUAAGCCCUCAGAAAAGCUGAGUCUAAGACAUCAGGUCGUUGUUCCUCCUGAAGAAGGCCCAGUGAAUGAUGUAGCCUGGUCUCCAACAUCCAAUGAUUUUCUAUUAUGCAAGGGAAUAAUACCCCCAGAGUUAACUUUAAAUAGUGGGAUUGAUGGCUCACCUAAGGUUAGUUUUGGGAAAUCUAGAAGAAACACCAUUAGAUGGAACCCUUCUGGAAAAUGGUUUGCUUAUGGAGGAUUUGGUAAUCUUGCAGGAGAUCUUGACAUUUGGGAUAUCGAGAAACAGAAGCUUAUUGGCCAGACCAAUGCUUCUUGUUGUAUCACUCUCGAAUGGUCAGUUUGUGGCAGAUUCCUCUUAGCCUCAACAACAUCGCCCAGACUUAGAGUAGAUAAUGCCGUCCGUAUCUUUAGAUACAAUGGUGACCUACUUAGAAGAGUCAACUUUGAUACUCUUCAUUCAGCUUAUUGGUCACCAAAAACUACCAGUUAUAGACACUCAGUGAAAUUCAGAUCAGUUUCUCCUGGUAGAGAGUUUAACUCUAAACCACAACCAGAAAAGCAAAUAUAUAGGCCCAAAUGGGCAAGUAGUGGGUUUGCUGAGAGAAUGAGAGCUGCAAGAGACUCCAAUCAUGUUCCCACUGUCGUUAAUGUUCAACAGAAACCCAAAAAUGAGUAUCUCAUCCCUGGGCUCCCAACACUUGAGGCUUCCGCUUCUGCUGCAGCAUCUUCAAGACAAAGCAAUCACCACCAUAAACAAAAACAGAAACCCAAAAAGUAA